AUGCAAUACCUUACGUUUCACUGGAAGCCUUCUGAGUCCGAUAUACUUCAUUCUCAUCAAGUUACCAAAGGAAAGAAGACGUGGAAAGUUUCUUUUCAAUCCAAAUCGCUAAAACAGUUUCCCUGGCUUUGCUACAGUAACUUACUUGAAGGUGGUAUUUGUAGUCACUGUAUCUUAUUCCCUCACAAAGUUACCAAGGGAACAACACCAGGUGUAUUGGUCACAGCACCAUACCAGAAAUCGUACACUAAGGCACUUGGCAAGGAUGGCAUCCUCAACUGUCAUGAGCAAUCUGUGAUUCAUAAAUAUGCAACUGAACAGGCAGACCUCUUCAAACAAACUUUUGAGAAUCCUGACAGGUGUAGAGUAGAUUCCCAGCUGGCGACGUCCGUAGCCAAUCAAGCCACUGAGAACAAAGAAAUUCUACGACAGAUUGUUUUGGCUGUAGAGUUUCUGGCAAAGCAGAGUCUGGCCUUUAGAGGUCAUCAUGAUGAUCGUGUUGAUUUUUCUAGUUAUGAAAUUAACAGAGGAAACUUUGUUGCCCUGCUACAAUUACUGGCCAAAGGAAACGACUCUCUUCAGAAGCACCUCUUGUCAUCAAACAGACAAGCAAGAUAUACUAGCAAAACUAUCCAGAAUGAUGUCAUUCACGUGUAUGCGUCAAAAAUUAAGGAAAGGCUGACAAAAGACCUAAGGACCAAGGAACUUCCUUUCACGAUUAUAGCAGAUGAGAAUAAAGAUCCACACUCAAACCAGGAAAUCUUAUCUUUAUGCUUGAGGUUUGUGGACCAGUCAACGCCAAACGAUCCUCAUGUCAAAGAAUGCCUAAUUAGUUUCAUGCACUUGGAACGAACAAAUGCCAAUGCAAAUGCGAACAAUUUCUUUGGAUCCUAGCAACAUCCGUGGUCAGGCAUAUGAUGGAGCCUCCGUUAUGUCAAGUGGAAAGGAAGGAGUGCAGGCGAAGAUAAAAGAGACCAGUCCGUUAGCUCUUUACACGCAUUGCUAUGCUCACUGCCUGAACCUCUCCAUCGCAGCAACAUGCAAACUGCCAGAAGUGCGAAAUUUGAUAGGCCUGAUUAACGAGGCAUAUCUAUUUUUAAAUAACAGCCCAAAGCGGCAGCAGCUGUUCGAGUUGACACUGAAAGAAUACCUGCCUGAGAAUUCUCACAGCAAGCUUCCAGGUCUUUGCAAGACACGCUGGGUGGAAAGACACACUUGCCUAGAUGUUUUCCUGGAAAUGUAUGAGCUCCUUGUCACCUUUCUAGAUGCAGUUAUUUCCCCCCACGAGUACCCACAUUUGAAAUCGUCUACUGGAAGCUGGAAUUGGGACAAAGAUACUAUCACAAAAGCCCAGGGACUGAAAGCCUCUUUGUUGACAUUCCAGACUGUAGUGGUUUUCAUUACAACCAAGAAUAUUCUUGAUGAAGUUAAAGCUCUUGCAUCAAAGCUGCAGAAACAAGAUCAAGAUAUUUUUGAAGCUUACACGAUGGUUGACGAAGUAAUUGGAAACAUCAAGUCUGCUAGAAAAAACAUUGACGUUGACUUUCAAGUCUGGUACAAAGAAAUGUUAGACCUUUCUGGGAAACUAGGAAUCGUUGAAGCUGUACCCAGAAAGACUAGCAUACAGAGGAAUCGCUCAAACAUUCCCAGUUCUACUCCAAUUGACCAUUACAAAAAAUCUGUGGCUAUUCCCCUUCUUGAUUCCCUGAUUAUUCAAAUGCAAGACCGAUUUUCUGGCGAGGAUCGCCACGCCCGUCACUUGCUUUAUCUAGUACCCUCAAUCAUAGUUAAUAACUCCCAGGAGCUAUCUGAAGCAGCAAAAGGCAUGUUGUUCUGGGAGAAUGACCUUCCAUUUCCCAAAUCCCUUGGAAAUGAGCUGCGACGAUGGCAAACUAUGUGGCAGUCAGCAGAGAAGGAACUUCCAAACAAUCUUCUAUUAGCACUUGGUGUGUGUGACGAGGAUACUUUUCCAAACAUCCAUCGUCUUCUUCUAAUUGCAUGCACCCUACCAAUCAGUAGUGCGGAAGCUGAGCGGUCCUUUUCACUCAUGAAACGGAUCAAGACCUGCACCAGAUCAACGAUGUCAGAAGGGCGCUUCUCAGAUCUCGCCGUGAUCGCCAUGCAUUACCCGGAGAGAUUCGAAGUAGACGAGAUCUGCGAGGCUUUUGUAAAAGCUCACCCUUGA